UAUAACAGCUCACUCUCCUGGCUGUCGCGUGGGACGUGCAUGUUGGUGCGCACCGGCGCUGGUGCUCGUGCGUGUAACUCAGCUGGUCUCUGUCCCGAGACGAGACUUCACGAUCAGCUGUGAGACAGACUGGGGGAGACGUCGCACACCUGCGGCUUAAAGGAAAUAGAUGGAGGGACUUGCGCCACAGACGACCGAUUACUUCCCCUCCUCUCGUGGUCCACGGGGGAGCGCGUUUAUAAGCUGAUUUACCCCAGGGGAUGUGAAUACCUCCCCGGGAUUAGAAGGUUAUUGGGCAAUUGACAAUGCCCCGCGUCUCGGUCCGGCACUACCGGCUUUUGUUGGUGCGGCAGCGGACGCAGGACACCCGGUUUUCCCCGGUUCAUCUCCAGUAGCUUUGCAGCCUCUGCUCCUGUGUCACCCUCCCGGUGUGGAUAGGAUAAUAUGACUUCCUGGCUCCGCACAUACGGCAGCGUCCCUCUGUGUCUCCUGCUCUUCUGCUUGGUGGUCGCUGUCUGCGCACAACGCUCCAGUGCCAGUGAAAGUGUGUGCUGGUCUCCUAGCCUCACUUCUUGUAAAGAGUGUCUCAGCCGUGGACCACAGUGUGCCUGGUGUUUCAAGGAGGACUUUCUGGAUGGAGCGGUGGCGAGCCAGCGCUGCGACCUGCCGGUGAAGCUGCUCAGGAGAGGCUGUGAGCCGGAGUUCAUGGAGCAGUCAGAGGUCAAGGUGGAGGUCAACGCCACCACCAGCAGCCCACAAGUAUCCCCACAAGACAUCAGCGUCACCCUCAGACCAGGUUCGCAGGCCAGUGUAGUGGUGGCUGUGAAGCAGCUGAAGCGUUAUCCUGUGGAUCUGUACUACCUGGUUGAUGUGUCGGCCUCUAUGCAGGAAAACCUCGAUCAUUUGAAGACAGUAGGUGUGGCGUUGUCUCUUCGUAUGACGGAGCACUCCUCGGACCUUCAGCUGGGUUUCGGCUCGUUUGUGGACAAGCCUGUCUCUCCUUACAUCAACGUCCAUCCAUCCAAGAUCAGCAACCCCUGCAGUGAUUAUGAGAUCCGCUGUCGUCCAGCCCAUGGCUUCCACCACGUCCUGGGUAUGACUGGAAAUAUAAGCGAGUUCACGCGUGUGAUCAAACGCCAGCGCAUAUCUGGAAACAUGGACACACCUGAGGGGGGACUGGAUGCCUUGCUGCAAGCUGCAGUCUGCCAGGUGUGUAAAUACAGAUGCUGGAAAGUUAGGCUCAGCUAUAAGUAUGUAAAGAGAAAGGGAGUUAGGAAAAACCUUCAGUUCCCUUGAGGCUUGAAUAUGUUCUAAAAAAAGAGCCACAACCCCAAAUUUGGGAGUACGUCUGCAUGCCGGUGAAAGAGGCUUUUAUUCUGGGAGAUGGUGGCAC